AGUUGCCGCCACCUCCGGGGUUUCAGGCUCUUUUCUCUUUGCCCUAAAUUCGGGUGUCUUUUAUGAAUAAUCAAAAGCAGCAAAAGCCAACGCUAUCAGGCCAGUGUUUUAAAACCAGAAAAAGAGAUGAAAAAAGAGAGGUUUGACCCUACUCAGUUUCAAGACUGCAUUAUUCAAGGCUUAACUGAAACUGGUACUGAUUUGGAAGCAGUAGCAAAGUUUCUUGAUGCUUCUGGAGCAAAACUUGAUUACCGCCGAUAUGCAGAAACACUCUUUGACAUCCUGGUGGCUGGUGGAAUGCUGGCCCCAGGUGGUACACUGGCAGAUGACAUGAUGCGUACAGAUGUCUGUGUGUUUGCAGCACAAGAAGACCUAGAGACCAUGCAAGCAUUUGCUCAGGUUUUUAACAAGUUAAUCAGGCGCUACAAAUACCUGGAGAAAGGUUUUGAAGAUGAAGUUAAAAAGUUGCUGCUGUUCUUAAAGGGUUUUUCGGAGUCGGAAAGGAACAAGCUGGCUAUGUUGACUGGUGUUCUUCUGGCUAAUGGGACACUUAAUGCAUCCAUUCUUAAUAGCCUUUAUAAUGAGAAUUUGGUUAAAGAAGGGGUUUCAGCAGCUUUUGCUGUAAAGCUCUUUAAAUCAUGUAUAAAUGAAAAAGAUAUCAAUGCGGUAGCUGCAAGUCUUCGGAAAGUGAGCAUGGAUAACAGACUGAUGGAACUUUUUCCUGCCAAUAAACAAAGCGUUGAACACUUCACAAAGUAUUUUACUGAGGCAGGCUUGAAAGAACUUUCAGAAUAUGUUCGGAAUCAGCAAACCAUAGGAGCUCGUAAGGAACUCCAGGAAGAACUUCAAGAACAGAUGUCCCGUGGUGAUCCAUUUAAGGAUAUAAUUUUGUAUGUCAAGGAGGAGAUGAAAAAAAACAACAUCCCAGAACCCGUUGUUAUCGGAAUAGUGUGGUCCAGUGUAAUGAGUACCGUGGAAUGGAACAAAAAAGAGGAGCUUGUAGCGGAGCAAGCCAUCAAGCACUUGAAGCAAUACAGCCCUCUACUUGCUGCCUUUACAACUCAAGGUCAGUCUGAGCUGACUCUGUUACUGAAGAUUCAGGAGUAUUGCUAUGACAACAUUCAUUUCAUGAAAGCCUUCCAGAAAAUAGUGGUGCUUUUUUAUAAAGCUGAAGUUCUGAGUGAAGAACCCAUUCUGAAGUGGUAUAAACAUGCACAUGUUGCCAAGGGGAAAAGUGUCUUCCUUGAACAAAUGAAAAAGUUUGUAGAGUGGCUCAAAAAUGCUGAAGAAGAAUCUGAGUCUGAAGCUGAAGAAGGUGACUGAAUUUUGAAACUACACCCUCAGUAAAGCAAACAGGAGUUGUAGAUAAAGUGUCAUGUCUCAUGUGUCCUGGUUCUUACAUCUUCCUACCUCCCUAUAUCAAGCAUGAUAUAAGGGCUUUCAUGGCAGAUUUUAUUUUAACUGUUAUGGUUACUGGAAAUGUUGGAUUUAGUUUCUAAAACCAUGUUUUAAGUAGCUACAGGAGCUAUAGAUUUGAAUCUAAUGUUGCAUUAGUCUUUUCAGUUAUCUUCUACCUCCUGUAUUUUCUAUGUAAUAAUGUAAUUUAAGGCCUUCCACAAUGAACAGUUCACU